AUGCGCGGAUUUACCACCUUUUUCGGCAAGGAAAACGGCAGAACGCACUAUCUUUAUAUUGCCGAAGAACACCCUAUUUUAGACAACUUUUCUUUUGAAAAAGUGGAAUUGGAAAAUGAAAUUACCAUUACUCCGGAAAACGGCGAAAAAUUGGUGGCGAAAAAAACCAAUCGCAAGCAAAAUGCUUCUAAUAAAAAAACGAUGGUAGCAGCAGGCUCCACCAAAGGUAAUUUAACUGCUAAGGGAAAACCAACGCCACCAGAAGAAAAAAACAAUUUAACCGCCGUCGCAGUAACUCAACCAGCCUCCGCGGAUAACAAACAAUUAACCCAAAUUCUUCAAGAAAUUCAAGAGUUAAAAGCAAGAAUUACGGAAUUAGAAAAAACUAAAAAUAAUCCGCAGCAAGUGCAAAAAUUAAACCAAAAAUUACAAGUAUUAGAAGCACAAAAAGCUCAAUUAGCCUCGCCAAAAAGUUCCACCGAAAGUUCAGAAAAUAGUUCCCGUUCUAAAUUGGCUAAUGACACUAAUCCAAAUAAGUCAGCAAGUCUGAACAGCCCCCUUAUUAUAAUUGCUGGUUUAGUUAUUUUUGGUAUUUCGGCUUUGGCAAUUGAGCCUCCUGUUCUUGUCAACAAGCAACUUUUAUUUAUGAACAAAUCUGAGCCAAUUAAAGUUUUAACCCGGCAAGAAGAAAUUGAACUUUUACAACAAGCCCAAAAAGGAAAAACCCAAGAAGAAAGAGAAAGAGCGGCCCGCCUUUUAGUUUAUUACAACCAAUCCUUUGUCAAAUACGUAGUGAAAGGCUUUCAUUACCCACAGGGUGAAAUUAAUUCUGACGAACUAACGGCCGAAGGAAUCAUUUCUUUGCCCCAAGCAAUCAAAGAUUUCGACCUUACCAAAUCGGAAAACCGGCUGGCUAGUUAUGCUGCCACUCCCAAAAAAAAACCUACUCCUGUUGCCGAAGAAGAAGGGGAAGAAGGAGUCGAAAAAAAAAUUCCUAGCCGAAAUUUCCCUACGGGAAUUAUCUAUUAUGACAAAGAUUAUCAAAGCGGUGAAAAAGAUGACAAAGCUACUUCCUUGCUCGACACCUUAGCCGACGACAAUGAACAAAUUGAACAACUAAUUCAGCAAAGAGAGACUAAAAGGAAAAUUGGCGACCUGCUUGCUCACUUGGAGCCCCACGAAGAGUUGAUUGUCAGGCUCUUUUUUGGCAUAGUUCCGGCUAAUUUAGCCCAAAUUAAUCGCUUGGUAAUUGAAGAAAAGACCAAAGAGUUAAAGAAAUUUCAAAGCAAAGAAAAAUCUCCUCUUUUCGCAAAGUGUUCGCAAUUUUUCGCUACUCCUCACAAAAAAGAAGAAGUCGCCCAAACCUUGAUGAAUCGGGAAUUUUGGGAAUAUUUUCGGGAAUUUCCGGAAUUAGCGACCAAAACCCAAAUUUCUCGCCGCGGCAGUUCAAAGACCAAUUUUGCCAAUCAGCCAGUCAGUGCGGCUGAGCAAAAAAAAUGA